UCCUCGGUGUGUUGAUGUCACAGGGAGGAGAGACAGACUACAGGCUCAGCGUAUGUUGGAGUGUACAUGUGUGGAAUUCAGCCUUUGGGGACUUUUCUUCACAAAUAAAACAACUUUCUACGCGGCUGAAGCCUGAAGGGAAGACGAGACGAGGAAGGCAGAUGCGAAAAUGCGAGAGGGAAUCCAGGAAGAGCGCGCGUGCUUAUUAAAGAUUCAGCGCGGGAGAACAGACGUUAUCGCCCUUUCGGAUGACUUGCGACAACACUGAGGCUAAAACUACCACGCGAACGGGCUUCGGACGUUGUUGAAUGGGGUGAAACCAGGCGACUUUCGAUCUAAAAGGCGAGUGCAGCGCGUUUCCAAGCGGCCAAAACCAACGCUCGGAGGGAGAGGGGCGCAAAGAAAACGCCCUGCUGCCUGUUGCUGGAAUCUCCAAAUUCAAACUUUUUUUUUUGGCGACCUGGGGAAAAAAAUGCAUCAUUCGCCGAGCUGGAGGUGACGAUCCAAGCGGAACGCCGUCUUUAGCUCGUAGCCAAACAGCUAGCUGAGCGAAGGGCCGCUGUCUUGGCAAGUUUUGCGAAGCUUUGGGAAUAUUUCGUCGUCGUUGGGCUCGCCGUUCCUGUUGGAAGCGAGCUGGGUGGGCUGGGAGCCCAAGGCUGCUCCGCGAGGCCCACGGCCAUUAGCCAGGAACAAAGAGGGUUCACAUGUAAACUCGGGCAGCCCGGACAACAUCUUCACCUUUUCAGUCAACUUUUACGGCUGCAGCCAUGUCGCAGGGCGCCGAGAGGAGGAUGGAAACCCGACUGAAGAAGCUGGAGGACAUGAUCCGGGACCCCAGGUCUGCCAUCAACCUGGAAAGUUUACUGGACUCCAUGAAUGCCCUGGUUUUGGACUUGGACUACCCUGCACUACGCAAGAACAAAAACAUUGAAACCUUCUUAAUCAGAUAUGAGACAGUCAUUGGGCAGAUUCGAAACCUCCAGAUGAAGUCUGAGGACUUUGACAGAGUAAAGGUCAUUGGUCGAGGGGCUUUUGGUGAAGUUCAACUGGUCAGACAUAAAGCCUCUCAGAAGGUCUAUGCUAUGAAGCUGCUAAGCAAGUUUGAGAUGAUCAAACGUUCAGAUUCUGCCUUUUUCUGGGAGGAACGGGACAUCAUGGCCUUCGCCAACAGCCCCUGGGUUGUACAGUUGUGCUGUGCCUUCCAAGACGAACACUACCUCUACAUGGUGAUGGAGUACAUGCCAGGAGGCGACCUGGUCAACCUCACCAGCACUUAUGACGUGCCGGAGAAAUGGGCCAAGUUCUACACAGCCGAGGUUGUCAUGGCUCUGGAUGCCAUUCACUCCAUGGGCUUCAUCCAUCGUGAUGUCAAACCAGACAACAUGCUCCUGGACAGACACGGACACCUCAAGCUGGCAGACUUCGGCACGUGCAUGAAGAUGGACUCUACCGGCAUGGUGCACUGUGACACUGCAGUUGGAACUCCAGACUACAUCUCUCCUGAGGUGUUGAAGUCGCAAGGUGGGGAUGGAUAUUAUGGGAGAGAAUGUGACUGGUGGUCCGUGGGAGUCUUCAUCUUCGAGAUGCUCGUUGGUGACACGCCAUUCUAUGCCGACUCUCUGGUGGGAACAUAUAGUAAGAUCAUGGACCAUAAGAACUCCCUUAACUUCCCUGAUGAUGUGGAGAUCUCAGAAAAUGCUAAGAACAUCAUCUGUGCCUUCCUGACUGACAGGGAGGUACGAUUGGGCAGGAACGGUGUUGAGGAAAUCAAGCGACACCCAUUCUUUAAGAACGACCAGUGGACCUUUGACACCAUACGAGACACUGUUGCCCCCGUGGUCCCAGAGCUGAGCAGUGACAUAGACACCAGUAACUUUGAUGAGAUUGAAGAGGAUAAGGGCGAUGUUGAAACCUUCCCAACCCCUAAGGCCUUUGUUGGAAAUCAGUUACCUUUUGUUGGCUUCACUUACUUUAAAGAAGACCAGUUACUAAAUGCUUCCAAUAAUUCCUCUGUGAUUCAUGAGAAUUCCAAAGGAGAGUCAGCAGCAUUACAGAAAAAACUUCACCAGCUGGAGGUGCAGCUCAAAAACGAGAAACAGGUCAAAGAUGAACUAGACCACAAAUACAGAGCUGCAACAGGUCGUCUGGAAAAAGUCUCUAAAGAACUUGAAGAAGAGGUAAGCAGCAGAAAGAACCUGGAGUCCAGUCUGAGGCAGCUGGAGAGGGAGAAAGCUCUGCUGCAGCACAAGAGUCUGGAGAGUCACAGAAAAGCAGAGAGCGAAGCAGACAGGAAGCGCUGCCUGGAGAAUGAAGUCAACAGUCUUCGUGACCAACUAGAUGACUUGAAGAGACGAAAUCAGAACUCGCACAUUUUCAACGAAAAGAACAUUCACCUACAGAAACAGCUGGAAGAAGCCAAUACUUUGCUGAGGGCAGAGUCUGAGGCAGCAACGAGGCUUCGUAAAGCCCAGACGGAGGGCAGUAAGCAGUUGCAGCAGCUGGAAGCGAAUGCACGCGAGCUGCAGGAUAAAUGCUGCCUCCUGGAGCGCAGCAAGCUGAGUCUUGAGAAGGAAUGCAUAAGCCUGCAGACUGCACUCGAGACAGAGAGGAGGGAGCACAGCCAGGGCUCAGAGACCAUCAGUGAUCUUAUGGUGCGAAUUGCUAGUUUGGAAGAGGAGGCCCGUCAGCAGAAACAAUCUCUGUCCAAAGCUGAAGCUGAGAAGAGGCAGCUUCAGGAGAAACUCACUGAUCAAGAGAAGGAAAUGAGCAACAAGGAGAUAGAUUUGACCUACAAGCUAAAGGUGUUGCAGCAGGAGCUAGAACAGGAAGAGACCUCCCAUAAGUCCACCAGAGCCCUGCUGGCAGACAAGAGCAAGAUCAAAGUAACCAUCGAGGGUGCCAAGUCUGAGUCUAUGAAGGAGCUGGAGCAGAAGCUGGCAGAGGAGCGAGCAGCCAAGCUGCGUUUGGAGAACCGAAUACUAGAGCUGGAGAAGCACAGCAGCAUGAUGGACUGUGACUAUAAACAAGCUUUACAGAAACUAGAUGAGCUGCGCAGACACAAAGACCGACUCACUGAGGAGGUAAAGAAUCUGACGCUCAAGAUUGAGCAGGAGAACCAGAAGCGUAACCUGACUCAGAACGACCUGAAAGCCCAGAACCAGCAACUAAACUCCCUCAGAACAUCCGAGAAACAGCUCAAACAGGAAAUGAACCACUUUCUGGACAUUAAACGCAGUUUGGAAAAACAGAACCAAGAACUGCGCAAAGAAAGACAGGACACAGAUGGACAACUGAAGGAGCUACAGGACCAGUUAGAAGCUGAGCAGUAUUUCUCGACGCUGUAUAAGACCCAGGUCCGUGAACUGAAGGAAGAGUGUGAUGAAAGGAACAAACUUUACAAAGAUGUGCAGCAGUCUCUGCAGGAGCUGCAGGAGGAGAGGGACUCGUUAGCAGCUCAGCUUGAGAUAACGCUAACAAAAGCUGACUCUGAGCAGCUGGCGCGCUCCAUCGCUGAAGAGCAGUACUCAGACCUGGAGAAAGAGAAAAUAAUGAAGGAGCUGGAGCUGAAGGAGAUGAUGGCUCGUCAUCGUCAAGAAUUAUCUGAGAAGGACAUCACCAUCAGCUCGCUAGAAGAGGCUAAUCGCACCUUGACCAGUGAUGUUGCCAACCUGGCCAAUGAGAAGGAGGAGCUGAACAACAAGCUGAGGGAGGCAAUAGAAGAACGGGAGAAGUCAAAAGACUGGGAACAGAACAUCAGCAACAUGAAGCAAACGUUUGAAAAACAACUCCAAUCCGAGAGGACGCUGAAAAUCCAGGCCGUCAAUAAGCUGGCGGAGAUCAUGAACAGGAAACAGGCCCGUCCUGCAGGCAGUCGACGUGGUAACGACACAGACAUGCGGCGGAAGGAGAAGGAGAACAGGAAGCUGCAGUUGGAGCUCCGGUCAGAGAAGGAAAAGCUCAACAGCAGCAUCAUCAAAUACCAGAAGGAGAUCAACGAGAUGCAGGCGCAACUUUCAGAUGAGAGUCAGAUGCGUAUCGAGCUGCAGAUGGCUUUGGACAGUAAGGACAGUGAUAUCGAGCAGCUGAGAAAUCUCCUCCAGUCUCUGAGUGUUCAAUCGAUGGACUCUGCCAGUAUCAGUAGUGGGCCAGACUUUGACACUGAUGACGCAUAUGCAGAAACGAGGCUUGAAGGAUGGCUGUCCCUCCCUGUAAGGAACAACACCAAGAAGUUUGGAUGGGAGAAAAAGUAUGUCGUAGUGAGCAGCAAAAAGAUCCUCUUUUACAACAGCGAGCAAGACAGAGAACAGUCUAUUCCCUGCAUGGUGCUUGAUAUUGACAAACUCUUCCAUGUGAGGCCCGUUACUCAGACGGAUGUGUACCGUGCUGAUGCCAAAGAAAUACCCAGAAUAUUCCAGAUACUUUAUGCAAAUGAAGGCGAAAGUAAAAAGGAACCUGAGUUUCCAGUGGAGCCCAUUGGAGAGAAGUCAAGUUACAUCUGUCACAAGGGCCAUGAGUUCAUCCCUACGCUCUACCAUUUCCCCACAAACUGCGAGGCGUGCACCAAGCCGCUGUGGAACGUGUUCAAGCCGCCGCCUGCUCUGGAGUGCCGACGCUGCCAUAUCAAGUGCCACAAGGACCACAUGGACAAAAAGGAGGAGAUUAUCGCUCCCUGCAAAGUGAACUACGACGUGUCUACGGCAAAGAACCUGCUGCUGCUGGCCAUAUCCCAGGAGGAGCAGCAGAAGUGGGUGAGCCGGUUGGUAAAGAAGAUUCCGAAGAAGCCUCCAGCACCAGAGCACUUUUCACGCUCAUCACCGCGCGCCUCCAUGAAAGUUCAGCCCAGCCAGUCCAUGAGGAGGCCCAGCCGACAGCUCCCCACCAGCAAGAGCAGCCCUCGCAGGUCAAAUGGCUUCAGAAUGAAGCAAGAAGAAUCCAGCACUGGACACUGGUACAUAUGACGCCUCCUCAGAUCUCCUAGGCCCAGAUGUUGCAUUUUAACCUUUCUUGGGAUGCGUCUUUAAGAUGGUGGGGUGUGAAAGACUAUACACAAAGCUUUGUUUGCAGAUCAGCACCACGUGACACCACGACUCACCCUCCCUGUCCUGCUUCCAGCCCGUGACAGUCACACAAUCUGUUUUCCCUUUUGUUGAACCUUCUUGACUGGUCACUUGAAGCGGUAAUGACUGUCAAACCCACUUCAGCACCCGUGAUCAUAUAACCACGCUGGAUGGCUUGUAAACAUAUUAACCGAAGUGUUCUCUCAGGCCCUCGACAAAAGCAAUUCAGUGGGGAUGGGGUGGGGGUGAUCCUGCUCCCUCAGCUGCCACAGAACGGGAGAGAGCUCUCACAAGCACGACCAUCGCUUGCAAGCAGGGGAUGCACUUACCUCAACACUUCUCAUCAGGACACAGACUGAUUGAAGGAUGCAGCAAAAACACUCACUUCCUCCUUCACUGCCUUUGGGGAUUCCUGUGGCCAAAUUUAAACAGACAUUCUUGUGCGUUAUGAUUGUGAACGAUAUUAGAGUUUUUACAGGGAACACUACACUAAGGCGAUGUUAAAAUUUGGACUGUUGAAGCUGAACCCAACAGCAGUAUCUGUACUUAUUCAAAACAAACGUGAUUGUUUCUUCCCCUUUCCCACUGUUCUGCGUUUAGGUGCAAGUCCACACAUGUCACGGAAACUUGAAUAAGGUACUUGAGCCAGUGAGCUGUGACUUCUAAGAAAGUCAGUAAUGUGGGGAAGGAAGGUCAGUAUCUUCCCAGAUAUAAGCAAAUAAUUCCUUGAGUGCCUCUUAUUCAGAAUUUUAAUUCAGGUGAAUUCUGAGUCAACGGUUCGUUGUCGUACAGCUUCAGAAACGAUGGCAUUAGAUGGAGACCCACGCAUGAGAUCCCUGCAGUCUUUGAACCCUGCACUGUCAGUUCCUGAGGCUUGAUGUUUACUGAAUUGGGGUGCACAGUGUUUGCUUCUUUGAUUGUUUUUUUUGUUGUUUGAAUGUACAUGUGGGCUUUGCCAGAGGCGACACACAGGCAUUGUAUUACUUUUAUCCGUACAUACUUGACCGACGGCCUCCCUGUCAUCGCCAACUGCUCCGUGUGAACUUGCAUGCGUUUGCCGUGUCAGACCUCACACUCGAGUGCUGUCACCCACAGGCCUCCACACAUUAACAGCUUUUAGUCAUUCCUAACUAUGAAGACAGGGGGAAUUGACCAGUAAGAAACAAUGAAGGUAUGCAAUCGUAACGCCAUGAGUCAAAGUACUGAGCAGCACUAAUCCAUUGAAAGUUUUUCUAAAAGUGUUUGUCCUCAUAUUUUUGUAUUAAAAGUAACCAAACUCUGAGUUUGGGCACUUUGUUGUGUGUAUGUGGCUCAUAUAGCAGAUGGAGAGUAAACUAUGAGAGUGUGUGUUUGUGUGCGUAUGUAUGUGUGUGUGUGUGUGUGUUUGUGUGUUUGUACUGAGUGCUCUCCUUUAACCAAGAAGCAUGUUUUAUACAUAUACACACAGUAUAUAUUUUACAUGCUAUACAGUGCACAUUAUAUUAUUUAUACAGCCUUGUCCACUUUGUAUUUAAGGGCUCUACAUCCAGUUUGCAUGUUUGCUCCCAACGGCUCUAUAAUAACCCAUUCUACAAUAAAGACAUGGAUGUGCC